GAACGAAAGGCAAGAUAUAAUAGCAUAGUUUUCCUCGUUUCAUUAACAGUUGUAGUAAGUAAUUGUAUGUGACUAAACAACUUUUGCCGGUGCCAAAAAGCUUCACUUCCCUGAGAUAAUGGAGGCUCCUUUCGUGAAUGAGAGUGAGGUGAAUGAACUUCAAACAUUGAAAGGUGAUACUACAGACAAACAGCGACUGAAAGCCGAUAGAGAUAACACGGUAGAUCCAUGGGCAUUGCCUGAAGUUAAAAGAUCUGGCCCGAAAUGGAAAGAUUUAACUACUCGUGGCAAAGUGUUACUUGUAGUUCGUACAAUCCUGAAGAUAGUUAGUCUUCUUGGUUUCCUUUACUUGUUCAUAUGCUCACUCAACUUUCUAAGCGCAGCUUUUCGUUUACUGGGUGGGAAGACGGCUAGCAAAGUUUUUGCUGCUGACAGUAUACUCUCGAAUCCUGUGGCUGGAUUGAUGAUCGGACUGUUGGCAACUGUUCUCUUUCAAAGUUCAUCAACUACAACUUCGGUUGUUGUUGCAAUGGUUGCUUCAGGAAUUCUGACAGUGGAGUAUGCUAUUCCAAUUAUUAUGGGUGCUAACAUUGGUACAUCGGUCACCAAUACAAUUGUUUCCAUGGGCCAUGUCAAAGAGCGUGAUGAGUUUCGUCGUGCAUUUGCUGGUGCAACUGUUCAUGACCUCUUCAACUGGCUUACUGUUCUUGUCCUACUUCCAGUUGAAGUUAUUACAAAAAAAAUCUUUUCCAAGUCGUAUCUUCUAUAUUGCUCUGGUGAAAUUACUCGUGCAUUUGGUGUUGAAGGGGAACAGAAUACUAAAGUAGAAUUUCUGAAAAAGUUGACUAAACCUCUCACCAGUAGAGUAAUCCAAAUUGACAAGAAUGUUAUAAAACGUAUUGCAAAAGGAAAAGAGGUUUCUGCUGAUGUAAGUCUGAUCAAGUCCUGUCUUAAAAAAAUCAAUGGUUCAAGCACUACUCCCAAUAAAACUAUUUCUACUUGUAACUUCCUCUUUCACAAUACUGGUAUGAAAGACUCUGUAGUUGGUUUCAUUCUGUUAGUUGUGUCAAUUACUUUGCUUUGCAUUUGCUUAGUCUGUAUUGUUAAGUUGUUGCAUUCAAUGCUGAAGGGCAAUCUAGCCCUUAUGGUUAGAAAAACUCUAAAUGCUGAUUUUCCUGGACCAUUGAAAUAUCUUACUGGAUAUUUCACCAUAUUGGUUGGUACUGGUUUAACAAUGUUAGUUCAGUCAAGUUCAAUCUUUACGUCAGCAUUAACACCAUUAGUUGGUAUUGGAAUUGUAACAAUUGAACGUGUCUUCCCGUUAACUCUUGGUGCUAAUAUUGGCACGACUGGAACAGCUAUUUUGGCUGCAUUAGCAAGUACAUCAAACUUAAACAAGGCACUUCAAAUAUCUCUUUGUCAUCUUUUGUUCAAUCUUACUGGAAUUGCCAUCUGGUAUCCGCUACCAUUUAUGCGAAAACUUCCAAUAGAAACUGCCAAAAAACUUGGCGAUAUAACAGCAGAAUACCGUUGGUUUGCGCUGGUGUAUCUUGUACUGUGUUUUUUCCUCAUACCAUCUGCAGUAUUUGGCCUCUCAUACGCAGGAACACCAAUUCUUAUUGGUGUAUUAAUUCCUAUCGGCGUUGUCGUGCUCUUGGCUGCAUUGAUAAAUGUACUACAAAAAAAGAAACCGUCUUUCCUUCCUACGUUACUACGAACAUGGAAAUGGUUACCAGAAUGUCUUCGAUCAUUGAAACCAUAUGAUAAAGUAUUUAUUAAACUAUCUACUGCUUUAAGUCCUUGUUGUGGUAAGAAGCCAUGUGCAGUUAAUUGCAACGAUAGAGAAACUUAUAUAUAGUAAAGUUAGAUAUCUUAAACCUUUACUUAGAGAGCUUUAUCAAGUUUUCUCUUCAAAAUUGCCCUCCAAAUCAUUCAGAAAUGUAAGAUAUUUUUACGCCUGCUACUUUACAUAUCAUAUUGAUGAAUUUUAAAUUUGACCCCAGUUUUAAACGGGUAAUUCAUUUUAACAUAAAAAAUGGAAAUCAAUCAAUCGACGUUACCAGCUCCGACAUCCCAUGUAGCGUUAGAAGACUAGAUAUAAAUUAUACUUAAAUUACUUGUAGUAAAAAAAGGUCUCUAAUUAUUGCCUAUAGCAUUACAGUAUCGUAAAACUGUAUGCCUAAUUUAUGUGAAAAGAAAGCAUUUUUUGGUAUUAUUCUAUUGCUGUUUUGAUAGUAGUUUAGUGAUGUCAUUGUUGGUAGCGUGCUUAUACGUUGGGUGAAUAUGUAUUUAUUAAUUUAUUUAUUUUUUUGUUCAGAGAAUUUUAUGUGUCAAAAACAAAUUGGUUUAUGUUAUGUUUGGCCUAGUUUUAAGGUCCAAUAAAUUAUUCGUAGCAAAAUUUUUAGGAGAACGAAAGUAAUAUUUUGCAUUAAAUUAUUUUAACUGGCAGUGAAAAAGAUAAUAGAAAACUGUUUGAGAAUUUAUUAGAAUAUACUUGUACGUAGGUUAUAGUUAUGUCAUUUGCUCAGUAUAAAAUUGGUUUGCUAAUAAAGUUUUUGUUUAUUUUA